AUGGCGGACGAUUACGGUCAAGCAAGGCAAGACGACGCCUCUAGCGACGCUGCGCCGUCCGACAUGACUAACCGGGAGGGCAACAGUGCGAGUCGGCCCAGCAGCGCGCGAGGCCAGGACCGAGAUGGCCAGAGGUCAAGAGGAGCCCAACCCCCGCCGCAGCCCACUGCCGGUGCUCAGGCAUCCUCCAGCAGCGCGCGGCCUUCGCUGGACUCGCAGCAGCAACAACAACAGCAGCAACCACAACAAGCACAAUCGACCCUCAAGCCGCCCCAGCGAAAGACCAUGGGUCGCCGGACGACAUCUUACAACCGUCUCCACCGUGGGCAAGAAUUUUCCGUCGACGACGCCGAGGACGAGGUCGACGAGCUGUUCCAGCCGAAGCAAGCGCGAGCCUCCGGGUCGCUACGCCGCGUGCCUUCUACCCUACGCCGUCGUCCUACCGCUCAGACGCCUAACCUGAGCAAGGUGGACUCCACUGACGAUGAGGACGUCGGGCAAGAAAGCAAUCCCGAUCUACGAACUUCCGGAGACCUCCAGCCGGCCGGCUCCUCCGGCGACGACACAAUACGUGCCGAUGAGGAAGAAGAGGAGGUCCAGCUUGACGCGGGCGACGACGACGAUGCUGAUCUCAGCGAUGCCGAGAGCUUCACUUUGAAAGACAGGCAGGAGGCUAUCAACGAGACUCACCCGUUUGGUAUCAGGAUCUGGAAGCCUGCUCUGUACAAGAAGAAUCGCUCGGUUCAAAAGACAGCAGAAGGAGACAUCCACUCUGCCCCUGGCGGCUUUGUGAGCCCGUGGCUUGUUCUCUUCAACUUCCUCUGGACCUUGAUCUUCGGCUGGUGGCUUGCCGCAAUUGCUGCCGCGGGUGCGUUGGCUUGCUUCUUUCUCGGCUGCGCUGAUGGAUCCAUGGCAUAUGGCAGGACCCUUUGGGGUCUUGCCAAGUACCUGUUCUACCCGUUCGGCAAAUUUGUCAAGUUGAUACAAGAGGAGGCAUACCUGGAAGAGGACGAGGGAGAAGGCCGCAGUAUCAGCGAGUAUGAGCAGUGGCAGAGCGGAGACAUCGAAGAGGGCCGCCUUUUCUUUGGUCCAUCGUCCAAUCGGGGCUUGGUUGGACGGCACCGCAACAGCAUCGACUCUGCCGACGAGACCCAAAGUCUCCUAGGCCGCCCCAGUCGGGGAAGCAAUGCGGAUUCCGACCAUGGUGCGAAUACUAAACGGAGACUCUUUGGUCGCGGCAAAUGGUCUGUGGGUAGAGUCGCCUUCUUCAUUGUCUUCUACGGCCUCCUGACCCCUUUCCUUUUCCUGGUCUCCGGCAUUUGCUGGCUCUUGGUCUUCACCAUUCCCAUGGGCAGAGUGACGUAUCUCUUGUUCGACCAUCUCCGCCGACACCCAUUGGCUUUGUCAUUCCACUCUGACAUCAAUGACACCCGUCGGACCGACGAGCCGUCCUCUGCCAUCCUGCUUUGCACGUACAGAGCAGUGGGUAUCAAGUACUGGAAGUACACCAUUGACGGGACCAACAUUUUCCUCAUCAAUCUUCUUGGCGUCGUCGCCUUCGUCAUCUUCGACUACUUCGUCCUGGACGAGUAUCUUGGUCUGGAGAUCGCCCUGACGAACCAGUUCUUGCUUUUCACCCUUGCUCUCUUCUCGAUCAUUCCAUUGGCCUAUUUCAUCGGCCAGGCUGUGGCAUCCAUUUCAGCUCAGUCAUCUAUGGGGGUCGGUGCAACCAUCAAUGCCUUCUUCUCGACGGUUGUGGAAGUCUUUCUCUAUUGCGUUGCACUUAAGCAAGGAAAGGCACAGCUGGUGGAAGGCAGUAUCAUCGGCAGCAUCUUCGCAGGUGUUCUGUUCCUCCCGGGUCUUUCCAUGUGCUUUGGUGCCUUGAAGAGGAAGACACAGCGUUUCAAUGUCAGGUCUGCAGGCGUGACAUCAACCAUGCUUCUGUUUGCUGUCAUCGCCGCGUUCGGCCCGACACUGUUCUACCAGAUCUACGGAAGUCACGAGCUCAACUGCCGCGAUUGCAGUCACGGAAGUACUAAACUGGACAAUGAACGCGACUGUCGCCGAUGCUACUUCGAUCAAUCUCCUGCUAUUCAUGACCGCUUCUACCUGGAAGCUGUCCGUCCCUUUGUCUGGUUUGCCUCGGUAACCCUCUUCCUUUCUUAUGCCGUCGGGCUUCUCUUCACGCUCCGGACGCACGCCGCCGUGAUCUGGAACUCUGAGAUGGAUGAGAAGAAGGUGGAGAAGAUGGACAUGGCAGCCACUCAGCUUGCUGCUUCCGGCCAAUUACACUCUCAACAAGUCUCUAGUGGGGUGGCUGCUAGUGACCAUGUACCUUCUUAUGGCACGCUCAGCAAGUCGGACCAGAACAUUCGCGAGUCAGCUUUGUACAAGCGCAUCCUGGGUCAGUCUCUCAAGCAAGCCGGUCUCACUCCUAGCGGGGAGAGUGUGGAGAGAGCAAAGUCUUCACACAGUAUUGAUUCCCACACACCGCACAUCAUACCGCCGGCAGGUGGAGAGGACCAUCACCAGGAUGGCCGCAGCCAGCACAGCCUUAACCUCCACGGCAUGUCGGAAGAUGAGAAUAACCAGCUGGUCCGCCAAGUCGCUGAAAUGGCAGCAACUGCAGCAGCUGUCGCUGCUCGAGACGCCACGGCCAAGCAGAAUCCUCGGCGGGUCUCGGCGGCUAAUCUUGCCGCAUCUACUCACUCUGAACGUCCCAAUCUGCACAGAACAGGCACGGCCGGCGAGGAAAUUGAUGACGGACAAACGGCUACCGGCCACGGCGGCGGACACGAUGCGCCCAACUGGAGUCGGACGAAGUCGGCAGUCAUUCUCCUAACGGCCACGCUUGCAUACGCCAUCAUUGCAGAGAUCCUUGUCAACACAGUGGACGCGGUUCUGCAGAACGUGGACAUCGAUGAAAAGUUCCUCGGCAUCACCCUGUUCGCUCUCGUCCCGAACACUACCGAGUUCCUGAAUGCCAUUUCCUUUGCCAUGAAUGGCAAUAUUGCUCUUUCGAUGGAAAUUGGAUCUGCGUACGCGCUUCAGGUCUGCUUGCUCCAGAUUCCGGCUCUCGUUCUUUACAGCGCGAUUGAGGGCCGUUUCAUCGAUCCGGAAAACGUCCUUGGCCAUACAUUCACUCUUAUCUUCCCCCAGUGGGACAUGGUCACGGUGAUUCUAUGCGUUUUCCUGCUGUCUUACAUGUACGGAGAGGGCAAGAGCAACUAUUUCAAGGGCUCAAUCCUUAUCCUGUCCUACCUGGUCGUCAUCGUUGGCUUUUACUUUUCCGGGUUCACGGACGAGGACACCAUGGAGAUCAACCGGUUCGAUACGCUGGCACUGGGCGGCAACCCUCAGUUUUCGCAGACUUUCAAGACGGUUGGAAGUGGGCGAAGAGGACGGGCUUACUAG